AUGUACUUCGAUGGUGCAACCAAUCAGUCAGGGUACGAGAUAGGUGUUCUAUUGGUAUCUCCUCAGGGUGAUCAUAUUCCAAGGUCCAUUCAUUUGACAUUCUUUGAUCGACAUCCAAUCACGAAUAAUAUAGUUGAGUAUGAAGCUUAUAUCCUUGGUUUAGACACCUCAUUGGAGCUUGGCAUUAGACAGAUGGAGGUAUUUGGUGACUCUAAUUCGAUACUCAGACAAAUUCAGGGAGAUUGGAAAACUAGGGAUGCAAAGCUUAGGUCGUAUCACGCUUAUUUAGAGUUACUGGUUGGGAGAUUUGAUGACUUGAGAUAUGUUCAUCUGCCUAGAGCGAAGAACCAGUUUGUUGACGCCUUAGCUAUAAUAGCAUAUUCUGUAGACAUUCCGAUUGAUGUGGUUGUACGUCCAUUGCUGAUUGAGUUGAGGUCUACACCCGCUUACUAUUGUCUGAUUGGAGACACAGAGGUCCAAGAUGAUCUACCUUGGUAUCAUGACAUUUAUCAGUUUUUCAGAUCUGGCACAUACCCUGAGGUAGCCACGACCAAGGAUCGGAGAGCAUUGAGGCAGUUAGCCACUAGAUUUGUGAUUUGUGGAUAUACCUUAUAUAGGUGA